CAAAGCCCCUUUUGUAGUACAACAAAUAAUUGUGAGUUUAUAGUUCAGAAAUUCUUCCCCUGACUGUUUGACCUGAUAACAGUUAGUAGCCUAAUUGGAAAUCCGUUUAAUGUUUAGAAACUUGCAGUGUUGCAAACAAAAAUAAUUCACACAACAAUCAAGGACUGAAGUAAUUAUGUACUCCUAUUUUUUGCAUGAUUAAUUUCCAAAAUGAGAAAGGAAGGUACAAGCAGCAGAGGUCGGGGGGGCAUCUAUUUGCUCUAAUAAUUGAUAUUGAUUCAUUAACUGACUGUUUUUUGUGUCCUUAAGUUGGACCUGGGUUCUACCCUCCUGGUAUGCAUCAGCUGUCAUUGCCUGAGGACCAAGAACACUGGGAUGUGGACCCCUCUUACUCCAUGACACAUGGUGCUGAGGCCAUGACCAAAGUAAAAAGUACCAGACGAGGCAAAAAGUAUAACCUGAUGGCUCAAGUGAUACCCAUAUAUGGCUUUGGGAUUUUUCUGUACAUCUUCUAUAUAAUCUAUAAGCUGACAUGUAAGGGAAAGACUGCUAAAUCAGGAAACUACACGACAGUAACCAAGGCAGACAUACAGAGUAAGAUUCCCACCGAUCAUGAGCUUGCCAGGCUUCAGGAGAGACUGCUGCAAACAGAAAAGAUGAUGGAGAGGAUUGUCUCUGGAAAGAGUCGAGGUUCUGGGAGUGGCAGAAGGAGGAAGAGUAAAACCGCAACAUCAAAGAAGGAGGAGAAAUUACUCAGGCAACUCAGACAGAUCACACAGCUGAUGCAAGAGGGCCGGUUAGAGGGAGCCUCUCCAGAGAUGGUGGCUGAGGAGGUCCCCUACGGAGCAGACUGGGAAGGCUACCCAGAGGAGACCUACCCAGUGUAUGAUGAUGACUAUGACAGACCAAUAUUUGAUCCCAUUAUACUGGAGGAACCCCCCCACUGCCAGCCCACCGCAGAGGCCCUGGCAGAGAGGAUGGAGCAAGAGGAAGAAGAGGUCGCAGCAAGGAAAUUAUCCAUAGUGCGGGAGGAGGAUGAAGAGGAGGAAGAGGAGGGGGAAGAGGAAGAAGAUGAAGAGGAGGGGGAAGAGGAAGAAGAUGAAGAGGAGGAUGAAGAGGACGAAGAAGAUGAGGAUAAAGAGGAAGAAGUGGAGCAGGUAGUGGAAGACAUGGAGGAGGAAGUGGAGGAGGACGAGGAAGAGGAGGAGGAAGUCGAAGCAGAGAAAAGGCAUUUGCUGAGCCUUCCUUCCUCACAGCCUGCUGUGGAAAAAAAGCAGGAGAAAAUUGGUUUGGAGGUGAGCAAAGAGUUACAGUGUUACAAUGGAGGGAAAAAGCAAAUAAGCUUUAGUGACCACAGAGAUGUGUUCCAUUACCCGAAAGAGGAUAAUUACGAAGAGGAGGAAGAAGAGAAGGAAGAUGAGGUGGAGGAAGAGGAUGAGGGGACAGAGGCAGAAGAGGAAGAGGAAGAGGAAGCUGAUGAAGAUGAUCCAGUGAUGGAGGCCGAGAGCCUGCAGUUCAGUUGUGAGGGUUGUUCCAACCCGGAAGAAGAAGCAGAGCAGGAUGAUGAAGAGUAUUUGUUGAUGUCAGCACCUGUGGGAGGUGAUGCUGGUAUCCCUGCUGAGAUGCCUAAAGAGGUUGGGAUGAGUGGGCUGAGGAUGCGGAACAGGAGAGAGACGUAAGGGAAUUUUCCAGUAGCCUAGAAUGAGUUUUUAAACCCUGAACCUGAACUGUUCCUCAGAUCAUAGCUUCUGAUUCUUGUUAGGAAUAUUUUCACUGAGUGUGGUUUAUAUUUCUAGUUUUGAUUUUACGUCUACAGACAGGUGGUCCAACAUUUUCUUUCAGAAAAUUAGCCUCAAAGAGAAUCUAUAUAGCUGUAUUUUUUUCGAUUCAGAAAGAAGGCCCUGUCACGGUCCACCCAACACUGGUGUUCUCACUUAUUUGCCUGAUCAGAUUUUUUUUAAAGUAUGUAGUGUGUACAAAAUGUGCUUGAUUGACUUCCCGCCCUCUCUGUCUAGUUGUAACUUCAUACUGAUAAACUGAGAUCAGUGGCCUCUCAUAGUAGCUCUGCCCAUCUUCAACCCUGAGUCCAAUCAUUCAAGAGAAUUAAAAACAGUUGCAUGAGUGUGCCAACCCUUUAAAACAAUUUAAGGAACUGAAGAUUAUCAUAAAGUUACUGACCGCUUAUUUACAUUCAUUCAUUUACAGUCUCCAAGUGAAGUAAUUAUGUGGACCAACAGAAUGCUCCUCCUAAAUUACUUUCUGUGACUUUAUUGUUAUUAUUUAAAUCAGAAAUAAUGCUAAAUAAUACUCACAGAAGUAGUAAUACUGUUAAUCAGAAAACCUGUCGCAUGUUCCCCUGAAGGUUCUGAGAGAACCGAGUCUGCUACAAAUUGUGAAGCAGUGAAGUAAUGGUAUGUGAAGUAAUCUAUGGGAACACAAUACCUGACACUGUCAUGUAAUAUCUGGCGCCACCUGAUGGUCCAAAUAUGACUCUACUCAUGGGGACGUUUUCUGUUGUGGUUAAGCAGCA